GAGACGGGAAUGGGGUAUUAGUGGGAGUGGCUGGGCCGGGAGUAGUGGAAGCCGAACGGCCGCAGUUCGUGAGAUUUUCCCGUGAGCCUCCGAGCCAAGGCGAGGGCGGCGGAGAGGAGAGGAGAGGAGACGAGACCAGGCGAGGCGACUCGGAGUCGGGGCCAGGGAUGGCAGACAACUCGGAAAGCAGCGGCUCCGUUCACCGCCGGUGUUUGAGCCAUUCUUCGGCGGAGAGAAGCCCCCCGCCCGGUUCGGGCUCGUCCAAAUGGAUUCGGUUAAACGUCGGCGGGACCUAUUUUUUAACAACUAGACAGACGUUAUGUCGAGAUCCCAAAUCGUUUCUUUACAGGCUGAGCCAAGCGGACCCGGAGCUCGAUUCCGACAAGGAUGAAACUGGUGCCUAUCUCAUCGACAGAGACCCGACUUACUUCGGGCCGGUUCUGAACUACUUGAGGCACGGCAAACUGGUGCUUAACCGGGAUUUAGCAGAGGAAGGUGUCCUGGAAGAAGCCGAAUUUUACAAUAUCACAUCAUUAAUAAAGCUGAUUAAGGACAAGAUCAGGGAAAGGGACUGUAAGACAUCGCAGGUUCCAGUCAAGCAUGUAUACCGAGUGCUUCAGUGCCAGGAGGAAGAACUAACCCAGAUGGUGUCCACCAUGUCCGACGGCUGGAAGUUCGAACAGCUUGUCAGUAUAGGUUACGGGCGGGCCCAGCAGUCAGAGUUUCUACUCAUUGUGUCAAGGGAGGUGAAGGGAGACCAGUCUGCUUUGCCAAACCACAGCGGAGAGCUGGUCAGCAUCGGCUCGUCUUACAACUACGGCAACGAAGAUCAAGCCGAGUUCCUGUGCGUGGUGUCCAAGGAGCUCCACAAUCAAUCGUACGGGACAAACAGCGAGCCCAGCGAGAAGGCCAAGAUUCUUCAGGAGCGGGGUUCUCGCAUGUGAGAAAGGAGCGAGUAUUGUGCUGUCCAGGUGUUCUGAUGCAAACAUAUCAUCUUAUUGGGCACAAGAGGAGCUCCAAGCGGCAGCGUUGUGCAUUUCUGUUGUUUCCCUCGACUUUGGUUUUGACUUCUUGAUGUAAAUAUGACUGCUUACUGACAAUUGGUGCCUGCACAUUGGAACUGGAACUUCUCAACUUGGGGCAGAUCUUUUUGAUUUUGAAGCUAAUUGAAAAAAAAAUGUAUAUACGAGGCUGUCGUCAUCAUAUCGGCCAGUGAUUCACUCAGGGUCAUCUAUCGAGCUAUUGACUUAUUGAUAUCCUUCAACUUGAUCUGGCAAAGGAUGCGCUUUUUGCAAAUCCAAAUUUGAACUGAAGUCAAAAAUGUUUCGCCUCUUUUUCAAAGCUGCUUGACUGAGGUUGGAGGUCACGGUUCCUACUUGAUCAUUCUGUAGCGCCGUGCGCUGAAUGCGUCUUCCAACAACGCCUCGUUACUGCGCUCAACUUUUAUGUGCUUAAAUGGGACAUUUCGCGCUUUUAACUCAUCGGCUGACGUUGAUGGCGAGAGAUUUCCGUUUGAACUGGGAGGGUUGGAAGCACAUGUUUUAACGCUUGAAUGAACGAGUAAGUAAACGGGCGUUAACUUGUUUUCUGCCUUUGAGCUAGCGUGGUUAAAAGCGGAUGAGUGAGUCAUGCAUGUAUUUCAAGUUAUUUUGUGUUAACUCGAGUUAACUUGUGAAUCUGGACUAAAUAAGGAAAUAACUGGGGUUAACAUGUGAGUUAUCUCACACGUUAACUCGAGUCGCGAGUUAACUAAUGAACCUGGACUAAGUCAUGAAGUAAUUCGAGUUAACUCUCACAUUAACUAUACUUGGCGCUUGAGUUGACAUCAGUUAAUGCACGAGUUAACUCCCGCACUAACACAAGUUAGAUCUUGAGUUAACUCAUUUUCUGCCAUUGACUACGAAAACUGUCAAAUCCAUGUGAGAAGAGAAUGACCAUAAUUUUUGGACUAUAAACCGCUACUUUUUUCCCUUAUUUUGAAUCCUGCGGUUUAUAAUCCAGUGUGGCUUCAUUGUUGAUUUAUUUGGGUGAAUAGGUAACACUUUAUUUGACAGUGGCGUCAUAAGACUGCCAUUAGACCGUCAUAAUUAUGACAUGACACAAUCACGGGCGGUAAUGAAUGCUUAUGACGGUUGUCAUUUACCAUAAUUUUUCGGACUAUGAGGCGUACCUGACUAUAUUGCCGCCUCCCACCAAAUUUGAUACGAAAACAGCAUUUGUUCAUUGAUAAGCCGCACUGGACUAUAAGACGCCACUGUCCUCGCUGUGUUAUGGGAUAUUUACACCAAAAGAUAUUAAUUCAAUAUUACUUUAUUUGACAGCGGCAUCAUAGGACAGUCAUGAGACCAAAUGAACCACCAUGAAGCUUUGAACCAAUUGGCUUUAAAGCCUCAUUGCUUCAAGAAGCUUCAUUUGGCCUUCACUGAGCCCUUGUGGGAGACAGUCAACCUCUGCUGCCACCUGCUGUCAACACUGGUUUGGUCCACCAUGCCUCCUAGCAUGUAUUGCAGCGUUACAGAUGUACAUUACAAUCAAAAUUCAUGUUUUGUGCUAAUGAUUUCCUCAGUUGCUGUUCUAGUUGUUUCAUUAAUCACUAGUUAUGGUAUUUGGUACACUUUAUUUGGCAGUGGUAUCAAAAGCCUGUCAUAAGACCAUCAUAAUUAUAACAUGACACUGCCAUGAGCAUUCAUUAAUGCUUAUGACAGAUGUUAUUUUGUGUCUACCGGAAAAUUAUCUCACUUUUGAAUGGAUGUAAAAGAUCAGAGCUGGACUUCUGGCUUAUGAGUUCGGUCAUAAGCGUUCAUUAAUGUAAAUCAACCAAUAAGCCGCACUGAACUAUAAGCUGCAGAUUUCAAAAUGAGGGAAAAAUGUAGCGUCUUAUAGUCCGAAAAUUACGGGAGUGUCAUCCAGCAAAUGAUGUCACUAACUCCAUUUAUGUCCAGCUCGGAUCUUUUACAUCCAUUCAAAAGUGAGAUAAUAUUGCCGGAUGACACUAUAAGACACCUGUUAUAAGCAUUCAUUAAUGCUCAUGGCAGUGUCAUAUCAUAGUUAUUAUUGUCUUAUGACAAUCUUAUGACACCACUGCCAAAUAAAGUGUUACCAAAUAC